AUGUCGAAUAUUGGUUUACAAGUUCGUCAGGCCGUUCCAUCCAUCGAUCCCGUGGUUGCAGACUAUGCCGUUGGAUAUAUCCAACAUGUUUCGCAUGCCACAGAAGAUUCAGUUUCUUCGCAGCAGAUUCAGAUCGAUGAAGAGAUGGAAUUCGUCAAAGAGUUGCUUUUGGACGCAGGAGGUUCGAAGGAAAAGGUAUCCCAUUUGACUGAAGUGUUGUGUGAACAAUUGUCGAAGAAAUUGGAAAAAAACAUGGCCAGAUUGGAAGUCACUGGAGACACUUCAAAGAGACUUUUGGAUAUCAACUUGUUGAAACAGACCAAUUCAAAGAGAGAUAUCAACUCGUCGUUGGCUCUUUUGGGUGCCAGCAACGAUAUUGAGCACACUGGAAGAAAUAUGGAAAGUAGAGUCGAUAAGACAAAAUUGGAGAAACAAGAAAGAAAGAUCGCCAAGAAGGUGGCUAAGAGAAAUAACAAGUUUGUUCAGUAUGAAGCCUCUAAAUUGUUGAACCAGAAGAAGGAUGAUGACUACGACUCUUUCUUCCUCGAAAUCAAUCCCUUGGAUUUUGGUUCUAGUGCAGGAAAAUCGAAGGAUAUCAAGAUCGACAACUUCGAUUUGUACGUCGGAGAUGGCCAAAGAAUCUUGAGUGAAGCUAGUUUGACUUUGGCUUACGGUAGAAGAUAUGGUCUUGUAGGACAGAACGGUAUUGGUAAGUCGACAUUGUUGAGAGCGCUUUCUAGAAGAGAAUUAAACAUUCCUAAGCAUAUCACUAUUCUCCAUGUGGAACAAGAAAUACGAGGUGACGAUACCCCAGCUCUCCAGAGUGUGUUGGAUGCCGAUGUGUGGAGAAAGAGUUUGUUACAAGAGGAGCAAAAGAUCAAUGAACGUGUAAACGAGCUUGAAAGGUUGAGAGCCGAAUUCGAAGAAGAAUCAAACGAAGUAAGAAAAUUGGAUAACGAAAGAGAAGACUUGGAAGCACAUUUGCAAGAAGUUAGUGAAAAGUUAUAUGAAAUGGAAUCAGACAAGGCCGAAUCCAGAGCUGCUGCAAUUUUGUAUGGUUUGGGUUUUACCAAAGAAACGCAGAAUUUGCCUACUAAACAAUUUUCUGGUGGUUGGAGAAUGAGAUUAUCGUUGGCUCGUGCAUUAUUCUGUGUACCAGAUUUAUUAUUACUAGAUGAGCCUUCCAAUAUGUUGGAUGUUCCUUCUAUUACAUUCUUAGCAAACUACUUACAAGGCUACCAGUCAACGGUGUUGGUUGUUUCCCACGACAGAUCGUUCUUAAACGAGGUAGCCACAGAUAUAAUACAUCAGCAUUCAGAGAGAUUGGACUACUAUAGAGGUUCCAACUUCGAUUCCUUCCACUCUACAAGAGAAGAAAGAAUCAAAAACCAACGUCGUGAAUACGAGAAUCAAAUGGCAUACCGUAAGCAUUUACAAGAGUUUAUCGACAAAUUCAGAUACAACGCUGCGAAAUCUUCCGAAGCACAAUCGCGUAUCAAAAAGCUCGAAAAGUUACCUGUAUUGGAAGCUCCCGAAGAUGAAAAAGAAGUCACUUUCAAAUUCCCAGACCCAGAGAAGUUGUCUCCCCCUAUCUUGCAGAUGCACGAUGUCACCUUUGGUUACGAACCCUCCAAAGUGCUUAUCAACCAUGUGGAUUUGGAUGUGCAAAUGGAUUCGCGUAUUGCUUUCUGUGGUGGUAACGGUACUGGUAAGACGACGUUGUUGAAGUUGUUGAUGGAGCAAUUGACACCACUCGAUGGUUUCAUUAGCAGAAAUGGCCGUUUGAGAAUAGGUUACUUUGCCCAGCAUCACGUCGAUGCCAUGGACUUGAACCUCUCAGCUGUGUCGUGGAUGUCGCAGACUUUCCCAGGUAAGACUGACGAAGAAUACAGAAGACAUUUGGGUGCUUUUGGUAUUACUGGUACUUUGGGUUUGCAGAAAAUGCAAUUAUUAUCUGGUGGUCAGAAAUCGAGAGUUGCUUUUGCUGCUCUUUGUUUGGCUCAACCACAUAUUUUAAUUUUGGAUGAACCUUCCAAUCACUUGGAUACUCAGGGUUUGGAUGCCUUGGCUGAUGCAUUGAUUAACUUCCAGGGUGGUGUUCUUAUGGUUUCGCACGAUGUUGCAAUCAUAGAUAGGGUCUGUAACGAGAUCUGGGUCAGCGAGGAAAAUACCGUUAAGAGAUUCCCAGGUAACAUUCACGACUAUAAGAAACACAUCUUGGCUUCUGCCGAUGUUGCUGGUGUUGUGAGAAAGCAUUAGUAGAAGUAUUUAAAGAAUGAAGGCUCAUGGAUCU